AUGGGAACGGCUGCUUCUGCAAAUAGACGAGACUCGGACCUAAUUAGUCCUAGGGCUGAGGCACUUGCCAAAGAAAACGGGGUAAGACAAACAGUAUCGUAUGUAACUUACAAAUACAAACGUUGCUAGCCAGUUGACCAUCUGUGCUCUGGUACUGACCAGACGCUGCUCGACAUCAUGGAAUCUAUUUUUUAGAUGUUGGCGAUAAAAAUCGGACGGUUUCUUAAACAUGUUUCUCCUUUAAUCUCCAAGGAUUUUAAAUCCUGCAUGGGUUUCUUUUAGUUUCAAGCUGUUGAGUCUUCGCCACUUUAUCUUUCUCACCAUUGUCCGAAGACAUGUUGUAAGUCAGACCUGCCUGCUUGGCUCCCCGUUACGCACUCUCAGACCUGAUAUAUGAAUCACAUAGCACAGUCAUGCCUAUUUGCAAAAAAAGCCUUUUUUUUCAACAUCAAAUCAACAGCAACUGAUGUUAGAUUCCCCAGCCUUGAUCGAUUUAGGACAUGGAACAGUUCGUUAUCGUCUCCCAGAUGAAAAGAGAGAACAGGAAAAUAUGAAAGUCAAAACAGGAUACUUCUAUCAUCCUAGGCUUGAUGACUUCAGCGAAGGUAUGACUCAUAUACACAGAUUUGACUGAUGAACUUAAUGCAAGUGGUGUUCCUAAACAUGAAAAAAUUCAAUCAUUUCCAAAACACGUAUGUGUGGGUGAAUGGAAAAAGAUGAACCUAAAUUAAGUUUUACUUUUGUGUUUCAAUUUUAUCCUGGGUUUGAAUUGGUGUUUUGUUUGUUUUGGGUUGGUGAUGCAUAUAUUCUGUGAUAGCAUCUAACUCUUUCACUCCCAAGAUCUGAGUAGUAAUUCUCUUUACUGUCUGUCAUACAAUUCUUAUGACGUUAAUUUGAGAAUUCAGUAUUGGAUCAAUUAAUAAUCCCAAAGUAAAUCUUUUUCUUUUUUUCCUCGUCACUUGUCUGGUUAAUUAUGUAUUGAUGUUGUAAGGAGAAACUAUGUCUUGAGAGUGAAAGGGUUAGAAGAAAGGAAAUAUAAUUAGAACCACAGAUAAAAUUGAAUUAUAAAAUAAUUCAAAUAGUACGCACGCUCUGAUUGGCCAUAAAACCAUUUUACAUGAGCGUAUGUAAACAUGGUUUUUGUUCCUCUUUCAUUAGUUAUUUUAUAAAAGAAAUGUAAAGUGGUUUCCGUGUUUCUUGAUAAGCUGGAAACCAGUCCGCUUUGCAUCAUAGUUUCCUACUCUUAUCUCAUGUUCUCCCAACCUCCUGUGUGUUUACAUAAGGCUAUGUAAACACGGAAAUCAUUUUACAUUUCUUCACCAUAACAUGCGAGUGUACACUUGAUUUUACUGUAUUCUCUUUUGCAUGCAUGUUAAAUGUGGACAAUUUUCUGCAAUUCAAUUUAAUCUCAUUUAAGUGCUUCAUUAAAGAGUUGCAUUUAAGAGCAUCACAUAAGUUAAGGUAUACUACAUGUAUAUUGAGUGUUGCACUACUUGUACAGUAAAUGAGCAAUGGCUAUCAAAAAUAUUUUUUCCAUUGUAGUAGAUUUUACUUUUGCAAAAAUUGAAUAACAAAGAUAAAAUCAAUAUAUCACUUUUACUCUCCAUUUUUUAAAGAGCCUUUAUAUUACUUUUUUUGCAAAGUACCCUGUGAAUUGUGUUUUUCUGAAUGCAGAUGCUGAAGUGAGACCCGAAGACAGCUUUAAAUUCCAUUAUGUGUUCAAAGGACCAAAGAAAGAUGGUAAAGUAAAGCGAUUAUACUAUGUUUAUGGGACAAGCUUGUCCGCUAAAGAUGAAGGAAUCAAGCAAGAACCCCACAGGCCAGUAGGGAAAGGCUACAAUUGGCCAGAAUCCUAUAGGAAGGCCAAUAACUUGUAUUAUGAGUUGACCUUUGCUGACCAAGGUUAGAAAUUGAUUCCUCAUAUGGUUAUGCAUGUGUGCCAAACACUGCACCACACCUAUCUGACACAACAAUUUAAAAUAAAAUUAAAAGUUCAAGGUUGCUUGAAUAAUCUGUCAAUAAGGGAGACAAUAAAAAUUCUGGCAGGAAAAAAAUUUGCCAAUUACAACUGUAAUCAUCCAGGAAAAGAAAGGUAGGAACUCCAAGUACAUGACUGUACAGUUGCAGGAAUCAUGACAGUAUGCAACCCAACAGGUGAUGUACAGUUUAAGUGGAGUUGUUAAUGUGGUGAUUAUCCAUAGUGGUAUGUUCUCAAAAUGUGAUGUUUUAUGCCCACCAGGCGUUUCCUUUGGAAUUAGUGGUACAUGCCUAAAAUUAACAGUCCUAAAACAUUAACUUACCCCUCUCACAUAGUGACUGUUUAAGGCUUUGGAAGAGUUGGAGAAAGCUGGGGAUAAGGCUAGGAUGCUCUCAGUUUAUCCCUUUAGUCACCCUUUGGUUAUUGCAAGGAUGAUGCUGCCUUUCAAAAGUAACUAGGGCAGUUACCCAUGUAUUAAAUUCAAAAGCCCUUAUCUUAUGGGUGGGAGAGGCCACCCUGCAUUUGCUUGAUAGGUAACCAUGGCGUGAUAUAGAUCAUAAUCAGAUUCAGCUGUAGAAUUAGGUCUAUCAGCAAUCACUAGUAGAGUAUGUAAAGAAGCAAAGCACAUUGCAAUCUCUUUGAAAAUUUUCCCACAACAUCACAUUGGUGAACCUGCUACAUUGAAUUGGUUUUCCCCUUAUUACCUUUGACAGAAUUAAUGAAUCUAAUAGCCUUUUAGGGGCAAUGUCAUUACAUUUAGGGCAAAGUCACGCACCUUAGUGGGCUAUAUUUGUUGUUAAACAUCAUAAUGGAAGGGGGGGGGGGGGUCAAAAAAUCUGUCUCACUAUCUUCAAACUGCUGUUCCUUUAGGACAUCCAUUCUGCUGGUUCAUUGGCUGCUGCUGACUAUGUUUAAAGAAAGAGUUACAUUAAACUUCUUGUAGAACAACAUAUAUAAACAACUGUCAUCAAGUUAGUUUUUUUUUAAUUUAUACAUCAGGUGAGGAUGAUUUUACAGACUCAGACAGUGUAAUGACUGGAGCAGAUUCUCCAGAACUGACAGAUUCUGUUGCUGAUAAAUAUAAAUUGAGGUAUUGUAUACUAAGUACAUGAGUGUUUAUAGCCCAUACUAUAAUUGGGGAGGCAAUGUGGCCGAGUGGUUACUGAGCACUGGACUUAUAAUCUGGUGGUACCCAGAUUCAAGAAUUCCACGCUGCUACUCUCUGAAUUUGUUCUUAGUUGUUCCCAGUUCAAAUCCUCAGCUAGUUGGGAUUUUCAAACUUUGUUUAUUUACAAGGGGAGUGCCUAAUUGACGUUAUUAUUUUAUUAUUAUUAUUAUUAUUAUUAUUAUUAUUAUUAUUAUGUAAACUUAAAGUGCACUGUCUUAGAUCUAAAUUGAGAGUCCUAUUACAAAUUUGCUUUCUGUACACUUAUUAUGAAAUAGAUAUUGAGAAGACAACAAAUAUAUUGUAUCCAACAGGAUUGUUCUUGGGGAAAUGGAAACAGUAGACUCUCUUAAGAUGAGAAUGGCCUUAAGACUGUUGAUACCAGCAGUGAACUUUCAUAUCCUUCAUAAUAAAAAAGAGUUAAGGUAUGUUGGAUACAUCAACAAUCAAUUAAUUUCCACCCAUUUUUCUGUAUGUUGUCAGAACAAAACUAGUUUUUUGGUUCCUAUGUGGUAUAUACACUGUCCUAAAGCAAUAUGAAUACAGUCUGAGGGUAGACUUAGUAGGGAUAACUGGACAUUUUUUAUGGAUCAUUGAUCUCUCACUGAGUUUCUCUCUCUCUCAAAUGCAAAUGUUUAGUCUUUGUAAGUUUGCCUCACUAUGAUUUACAGCUUAUAGUUUACUUUUCUGACUGGGAAAGGAGGCAGUCAAGUGAACAGGUUAAAACCAAUUUAAGCAUCAGACUUACCUGGUGAAAGCCCUAAAAGUGAGAGAAUAUCUGCAUUUUCCUCAAUAUUCCAAUUUUACUCCCUCAGAGUGUUCUCAUUUUGGUUGUUUUGCAUGUUCUGGCAAAAAAAAGUUUUCUGCUUUGGUUGUACAUAUCUGUGUUAUGCAUGACAUUGUUUCAAGUUUUGUUUGGUUCUUUCUUUUUUUUCCAUGAAAUAAUUGUUUUCAUGACUAUUUUCUUGAUGUAGACCAGAAGACAUUGUAGGAGAUCUGAGGACACCUGAACAAGGAAACUGGAGGAAAUUUGCUGUUGUUCUAAAUCUAACUUAGUGACUUCAUUGCAAAUUCAUGAGCAGAUUCUCUUUCCUGCGAACUAUGGGUUAAAACCUCAGCCUUGAGGCUAUUUUGACUACCUUUUGUUUAGUGACAGAGGUCUUUUUUCAGCCUCUGAUUCAAGUGCAACAAACUAAUUGAUUUUUGACAUGUUACUUUUGUUUGACAAAAGAGGAAAGAUGACCUAACAGAUUAAAAAACAUCUACUUUGCUUGCUAUUUUUUCCCCUCUAGAGUGCAAUUCACUCAGUGUUAUGCUUGCUGAUAAUUUAUGUUUUUUGCAUAUGUUGUAUUAUGUGGUCAUAAUCAAAUUUCUCAAGUUAAAAGAACCUUCCUACAAAAAUCAGUUAUUUUUGGGCACUUACUAUUUAUUUUUGUACUAUUUAAGAUUCUUUGUAAUAAUUUUGUGCUAUUUAAGAUUCUUUGUAAUAAUGCUUAGGGUAACAUAAAAAAAAAGAAAAAAGUGACACAAAUUCACCUGUAGAUAAUCUCUAAAGAGGAAAAAAUUGGGAAUAUUCUUCCCUAAACUGUGUAAAUAAAGGAGUUAGUCAACCAGAUAGCUUUGUGCACACAUGAAGAUAGCAACUGCAAAAUCCUACCUCAACUUAUCUGUCAUAUUGUAAUGAAUACCAAUGAAUACCAGGUUACCAAUUAAUUGACUUGUGUAUCUCAAGAAUUUGUGGAACACCCAGGCAAUGAUAUGGAUAUUUAAGAUUACAGUGACAGCUAGCUUUAAUGGAGAGAGUGACAGAAGCAAUUGGGAGUUACAGAGGUUACAGUGACAAUGACGUCGGUUCAGAGACAGUGACAGCAGUAACAGAGACAGUGACAGCAGUUACAGAGUGACAGCUGUAACAGAGACAGUGACAGCUGUAACAGAGACAGUCACAGCAGUAACAGAGACAGUCACAGCAGUAACAGAGACAGUCAAAGCAGUAACAGACAGUUAUGGCAGCUACAGAGUGACAGCUGUAACAGAGACAGUGCAAGCAGUAACAGAGACAGUGACAGCAGCUAAUGAGUGACAGCAGUAACAGAGAGGGUGACAACAGUAACAGUGAGUGACAGCAGUAACAGAGACAAUGACAGCAGUUACAGAGUGACGGCCGUAACAGAGACAGUGACAGCAGUUAAUGAGUGACAUCAGUAACAGAGAGGGUGACAGCAGUAACAGAGAGUGACAGUAGUAACAGAGACAAUGACUGUGUUUAUUGUUCUUCAUUAAGUUUUGCCAACGCGCGGGAAAAAUUGUUAACAAACAGUGUACCGUUUUCUGCGUGAGAUGUUCUUUGGAACGACUAGCGUUAAACGCUAUCUCAUAUUGAAUGAAAUUUUAAGCGGACUUUAUGUGUGGUGGACAAAAGGUUGGAAAAAUAGGGAACACCACUUGGGGUAACUAUCCAGCACUUUCACCGACACUGAAGUGAAUUAUUGUUUACGUAUAUACUAUACAGAAACCAAUAAAAUUAGUACAGACAAGUGAUCACAAGUAGCCACAGAAGAAACGAACAAAGACUUUUAAACAUGUUAAACGGCGAAAUUAUUACGAGCUGAAAACCAAAGAGAACAGGAAAUGGACUGUCGGAGUUUGUGAAGAUUUUGACGCUUUAAGAUUGCCUUGAGCAGGUGUCCUAGCGGAUUUGGACCCCCCAGUCCAAAUCCGUCAGCGGAUGUGGACCCCCCCUCUCCGCGGAUUUGGACUCCCCAACAAAACUGAGCGAAAACAUCAUCAUUGACGUUCUAGUAAAAAUAGAUGAUACUUCUGUUCCAUUGCUAGAGUUUGUUUUAGUUCAAAACAUGCGUAUUGAUGUUAUCUUGUUCACAUGAUCCCUUCACAACUUAGGAUUUUUGUUCACGUGAACGAAAGCGCUA